AUGCAGGGGGCGCGGCCGCCGACGCGACGUGCAGAGAAUCUGGCCUGCCCCGCGCAGCAAGGCUCAGGACAGGGUGGGGCCGAGGGAGGGGACGCGGCGAGGGCCCCGGGCUACUCCUCCGGGCCGGAGACCCAGGACCGCGACCCUCCGAGGGAAAGCGGGGACCUCAGGACCCUCGAGCCAGGGCUGUUUGGAGCGCGCGGGGCCCUAGGAUGCCGGGGUCCCUCGGGGCUCAGACAGGGGCGGGCUCGCCCCUCCCAGGACGGCAGGUGGCGGCACCAGCCCCGUCCCAGCUCGGAGGGGCUUCCCCGCCACCUUCCGGACGAAGCGUCAAGUACAAGUUCAAGUUCAGGGCCAGGCCUGGCGGCGGGGGGGGGAGGGGGUCGCGAAGCUUCACCCAGAAGCCUUUGUUCUCCGGGAUCUUCGCUCCCACGUCCCCUCCCGGGCGGGGCCCGGCAGAGACCCCCGCCCCGCCCCACCGCGCCCCGCAGGAGCCUCCUUCUUCCGCCGGCGCGGCGCCUGUUCCCGAUCCCGGCGUCCCCGCUCGGGGCCACCGAAGGGUCUAGGGGCUCGGGGCGCGGGGGACGGGGGGCGGAGAGGCGCGAUACGAGCCCGUGGGAGCCUCCCCAGCCCCGCAGUCCCAGCGGCAAACUGUGCUGGCCGGACGGAUGCCCGCGCGGAGGCAAGAGAAGCUCCAACAUGGCCACAAGAAUCCAGAUUCUCCCUCUGAGCCCCUUGCCCUGAAGCCAGAAGAGGGCUGCAGUGCGGAGCUGGUGCCCAGAAACUCUUGCCAGUCCUCCGCGGUGCCUGGAGAAGGACUGCAGCUCGCGGGCUGUGUGGCUUCUGCUUUUGGUUGUCAGUCCCAAAGGGGAUGCCCAUCUCCAGCGACUGCAAUUCCUCCCCUUUCCUGAGCCCUGCUAUUUCCCAGGCUGGAGGCAGAAGUGACAGGUUAAUGGCCGGCUGUGCUGGCCCUGCAGGGUUCCCUGACCUUCCCUCUGGGUUUGGCAUGAUCCUACAGCAUCCUCCAGAGACGGCAAGAGGAGACCAGAGCGGGAAAGACAGAAAAAGAGAGAGAGAGACAGCCACAGAGAGGACAAAAAGA